AUGGUUAUGCUCAGAAGUUGUUAUGCAAACUAUUAAGAAUACAUUGGAUUCAACUCUUGAUGCUCCAUAUCAAAAUUGUCAACUAAAAAAUGUUACCCAUAAGCAAAUUUCAAUUUCUCUUGAAAAUAUUCUUUUAAAUGACUUGAACUUUUGA